GUUCAAGCCUCCUCCGCGACGGCCAUGAAGGGCAAGAUAAUCCUCGAGGAGGCGUUCAAUCUGCCCCGGCUGGCGGAACAGGAGGCCAAGAAAUAUGCCUCAGUCAAUGCGGCGGUCCUUCUGGGAAAAGCACUCGCCGACAUCGAUGGUCGGAUUGCACAAAUGGACGAGGCCGGAGUUGAGCUUCAAAUUCUCUCAUUGACUUCUCCUGGAUGCCAGGGCGAAACCGAUCCGCAGGCUGCACAUGCGAUGGCGGUCGAAAGCAACAACUACGUCGGGGAGAAAGUAAAAGCGAACCCCACUCGAUUUGCUGCUUUCGCUGCCGUUUCCAUGCAUGACCCGAAGCAGGCGGCAGAAGAACUAACGCGCGCCGUGGUAGAACUUGGUUGUGUCGGUGUCAUGCUCAACGACUUCCAAAGCAGCGGUGCUGACGGUAACACUAUGUUGUUCUAUGACGACCCCUCAUACGAUAUAUUCUGGUCGACCGUCGAACAACUUUCUGUUCCUGUUUACAUGCACCCGCGGCUUCCUUCACCGCUCAUCUAUGCCCAACUCUAUGCACAGCGCCGCUGGCUGGUUGCAUCUGCCUGGGGCUUCGCCAACCAACUCUCAAUCCACAUCCUUGGAAUCGCCACUUCUGGGGUCUUCGACAGGUUUCCCGGCGUCCAGCUUGUAUUCGGGCAUCUCGGUGAACAUAUUCCCUUUGACUUGUGGAGACUCGACCAUAAACUGGAUCGCGACCGCUUCCCCGAGAUGCGGAUGGCGAAAGACAAGACGAUACGCGACUACUUUGCGACCAAUAUGCAUAUAACAACUAGUGGUGCAUUUUCCACGCGCUCGCUCUUGUCUGCCAUAGCCGAGUUAUCCACGUCAAGAAUCAUGUUCUCUAUCGACUAUCCAUAUGAGGACGGACUCAUGGAAGGCAGCACAUGGUUCGACAACGUGCCCAUCUCCAACCCCGACCUUCUUUCAAUCGGCCGCGAAAACGCGCUCCGUCUGUUUAAACUCGACCGCGCGCCCCACAAUGUGCAGCCGGGACUGUCGUUGCGCGAACUGGAAGUUGGUGGCUUGAGGGGCCCGAUUUACCCGGACGAUGCAACGCAUCUGCGAACGAGUACACGGACAGGGAUUCAAUAA